UUACUGAUUAACUUGUGCAGCUCCGCAAGACCUUUGUCGAGGUGGGUGUCUUUGCUGAACUGGUUUCUCCUUACAGCAGUAGGUGAUUCUUCCUUGCAUGACUUGCUAAUCUGUGGAAAGAACAAGAGAAGGAUCAAAAGAAACAUGGCAUUGACAGCUAAGAGCCACUCAGUCACCCUGAGUGAUGGGUUCAAAAUCCCUCUCAUGGGGAUUGGGACCUAUGGAGAUCCUAGGACGACUCCAAAAGGAACAGCAUAUGAAUCAGUGAAGUAUGCCAUUGAUGUUGGAUACAGGCAUAUUGACGGGGCUUUAGUGUAUUUCAAUGAGCAUGAAGUAGGCCAAGCCAUCCGAGACAAAAUUGCUGAUGGAACUGUCAAGAGAGAGGACAUUUUCUACUGUGGAAAGCUAUGGAACACUUUCCACCCUCCAGAACUUGUAAGGCCGGCACUAGAGCGAACUCUCAAAACCCUGCAGCUGGACUAUGUGGACCUCUACAUCAUUGAACUGCCCCUGGCUUUCAAGCCAGGAGACGUCUUCUAUCCAAAAGAUGAGAAUGGGAAGUACGUGUACCAUGACACAGACCUUUGUGCUACAUGGGAGGCCUUAGAAGCCUGUAAAGACGCAGGUCUGACCAAAUCUCUUGGAGUGUCUAACUUCAACAAGAGGCAACUGGAGCUGAUCCUGAAUAAGCCAGGUCUAAAGCACAAACCGGCAACAAACCAGAUUGAAUGCCACCCAUACUUCACUCAGCCUAAAAUGAUGGAAUUUUGUAAGAAGAAUGACAUCAUCAUUGUUGGAUACAGUCCACUAGGAACAUCCAGAGAUCCAUCCUGGGUGAAUUUAAAAAGUCCUCCUCUGCUGGAGGAUGAGCUUCUGAUAUCCAUUGCCAACAAGUAUAAGAAGACUACAGCGCAGGUGGCCCUGAGAUUCAAUGUCCAGCGAGGCGUGGUUGUCAUUCCCAAGAGCUUCAGUCUGAAGCGCAUUAAAGAAAACUUUGAGAUAUUUGACUUCUCUUUAACCGAUGAUGACAUGAAGGCGAUCGAGGGCCUGAACAAAAACGUCCGAUUUGUGGAGCUGCUCAUGUGGAGAGAUCAUCCUGAAUACCCAUUCCAUGAUGACUAUUAGGUUUUUUUAUUUGGGCAGCAAAUUGAUCAAAAAAACACUAUUAUUUACUUGACAUCUGUUUUUUUUAUUAAAGUGAUUCUGUUCUGUAUCUGUAAUGUAUAAUUUGUAAAGAUACUGUAACAUUUGCAAUGGCAAAAGAUUUUUUUCCCCACUCACACUUUGCAACCCCUUUAUUGGUUCAGUCAUUCAAGGCUGGUUAUUUGUGCAUUUAAUUUAUGUAUAAGAAAUCAUUUGAUUCAGUUUCUUUUUUGUGAAAAAAGAGAGAGGUAAUUUUUCUGGAAAUGUGUGGGGAGAGAGAGAAUAAGAAUUCAUUUUACAGAAUAGGGAAGAGGAUGUUUCAUCACUGGUAUGCACUACUGGUCACACCUUAUUUGGCCCAUUUGACCCAUUCCAGAGACAUUAGUAACAACGAUAAAGUAUCUUAGUCUACAUUCUUAAAAAAGAUGGUUCUUAAAGGCUUCUUUAAUAAAGGUAAUGGUUAUAUUCUGAA